AUGUCUUUACAGAUCAUUUCUAUAUUUCUUAGUAUUGUUGAGUAAUAUAAAGAAUUGAAUGAAUCGACUUAUAAGCAUGAUUAUCCAGAUGAAGAAAUGAGCGAGGUCAAUGUUCCUAACUUUAAUAAUUCUAAUAUCAAAUAAGACACCAUAUUAACUUAAAUGGAUCAAGUAAUUCAAUAAAAAUAUAAACAUCAACAUUAAUUAUUUCUUAACACAUCUUAAAAAUUUCAACAAAAGUAAAAUAUAAUAAAAAAUAUUAUUAAAAGUUUUUCAAAAUAUUUGAAAAGCUUAAGCAACGAAAAAGCUACCCAAAGGUUUAGUAGCAUUUUAGGAACUAACAAGAGUUUUUGUAAUAUUAAGAAAAAUUUCUUAAAAUAAAUGAAGAAAAAAAAUAAUAGAUGGAACCACAUAUUGAAAAGAUUGAUUUGUAGUAAAGAUUUGAGCAAGAUUUUUAAGAGUUAUUUAGAAAGAGAAUCAAUUUGUUGGUUAGCUUAUUCCAAAACUGAUAACGUAUAUGAUCAUAAAUAAAUGAUCAAUUUACUCAAAGAAGCUUUAUAAUCAGAAGAAUAGUUAUAAAUAAUCACAUAUAAAAAAAAAUGA